UUCGGACCCGGGGUGGGGGCGUCACUUCCGGUUGAAUUGGCUGGUCACGGCGGGUGGGGCUCGUGGGGGCCGGCCCGGCGGCGGCUGCUCGGCGGUGCUGAGGUGUUUUUGAUGUCCUUCAAUAAAGUUUUAGAGUUUUGUUCCUAGCAUUUUGGACCACACUCUGAUGGCCAUUGCUGCUUGUAUGGUUAUGUAGAUGCAUUUUGUGCGUCUGCUGGAGAGUCUUUGCUUCUCGUAGCACCAGUGGGACUUACUGCUGCCCUCCUCCCCUUGGAAGCCCAGGGCACAGGUGAUGGCAGCUUUCCGCCUGUCUGCCCUGCCCCAGGCUGAGGUGACCUUUGAGGACGUGGCCGUGCUAUUCUCCCGGGAGGAGUGGGGCCGUCUGGGCCCUGCUCAGAGGGGCCUCUACAGGGACGUGAUGCUGGAGACCUACAGGAAUCUGGCCUCCCUGGGAGCUGGACGUGCAGGUUCCAAGCCUGGGGUGAUCACACAGUUGGAGCGAGGGGAUGAGCCGUGGGUCCUGGAUGCACAGGGUGCCAAGGGGAAAGGGCAACCAAGAGUGAGUGUCUCAGCUCAUGGAACCAGGACUGAGUAUAAUGAGUUGUCUUCGGGAGAAAUGCUUCAUGGGGAAGAACUGGAUCAACUCCAGAGGGCUGUUUCCCAGGGACCUGAGCCUGGAGAGGCCCGUUUCUAUGCCAGGGAGCCAGAGGAGAGCCUAGACAAGCCUGCGGAACAGAGAGGCCUGAGACCAGUCAUAUGGACCAAUGAGGAGAGCGUCCAGGAGUCUGCAGGGGGCCUCAAGUUCCGGUCACGCCCCGUCUCUGACCAGAGACCUCACCAAUGUGGUAUAUGUGAACAAAGCUUCGAACAGAGAUCAUACCUCAAUAACCAUAAGCGUGUACACAAGUCAAAAAAGACAAAUGUAACUCAAGAUUCUGGGGAAUCCUUCAGUGUAAAUUUAGCUAAAGAAGAUCAGAAAAUUCCUCUUGGAAAAAAAUUGCAUUAUUGUGGUUACUGUGGGAAAGCCUUCAGGUACAGUGCUAACCUUGUCAAGCACCAACGGCUUCAUAGUGAAGAAAAGCCCUACAAGUGUGAAGAGUGUGGGAAAGCCUUCAGCCAGAGCUGCGAGUUCAUCAAUCACCGAAGGGUGCACUCAGGGGAGAUCCCUUACCGGUGCGGGGAGUGCGGAAAGACAUUCAACCAAAGGCCCAACCUCAUGAAGCAUCAGAGGAUUCACACUGGGGAGAAACCCUACAAGUGUGGUGAUUGCGGGAAACAUUUCAGCGCCUAUUCUUCCCUUAUUUAUCACCAGAGAAUCCACACUGGAGAGAAACCCUAUAAGUGCAAUGACUGUGGGAAAGCAUUUAGUGAUGGCUCAAUCCUCAUUCGACAUCGUCGCACUCACACUGGAGAGAAGCCAUUUGAGUGUAAAGAAUGUGGCAAAGGCUUUACCCAAAGUUCUAACCUUAUCCAACAUCAAAGAAUUCACACUGGGGAGAAACCCUAUAAAUGUAAUGAAUGUGAGAAAGCCUUCAUCCAAAAAACCAAACUUGUUGAACAUCAGAGAAGCCACACUGGGGAGAAGCCCUAUGAAUGUAAUGACUGUGGCAAAGUUUUCAGCCAGAGCACACACCUUAUCCAGCAUCAGAGGAUCCAUACGGGAGAGAAGCCAUACAAGUGCAGUGAGUGUGGGAAGGCCUUCCACAACAGUUCCAGACUCAUCCACCACCAAAGGUCACACCAUGGAGAGAAGCCGUACAAAUGCAGCGACUGCAAGAAAGCCUUUAGCCAGGGUACUUACCUCAUCCAGCACCGGAGGGUCCACACCGGGGAGAAGCCCUACAAGUGUGGCAAGUGUGGGAAAGCCUUCCGGCACAGUUCCAACAUGUGCCAGCAUCAGAGGGUUCACCUCCGGGAAGACUUCGCCAGGUGACCAUGGACGAGGGCCCAUGAGUUCUGCUGUGCACUUCUCCGUACGGCCCCCUCCCCCCAUACCCCUCCAUUUAUUGUCCAUACAGUGUUGUCACAGAUGAAGGACAUUUCUAAUAAGAAACAGACAAAACUCUUUUCUUAAACCCAAAGCAGUGCAUGUUUUAUAGAAAUUGAGAGAGAGGUAAGCAAAAAGGAGAAGUUCUUAUAAUCUCUCUUCGCUUAGAAAAUGAAUCCAUUACUGCUGAUUUAGUAUAAGCUUCCUUUCACACUGUUUAGAGCAUUAUCAAAAGAAAACACGGGGCACCUGGGUGGCUCAGUCAGUUGAGGGUUCAGCUCAGGUCGUGAUCUCACGGU